AUGGCCUCUCCAAUACCAAUAGUCGAGGCUCAUGCUAGAGUGUCGAGCAUUGAUACCAGCCCGGGCUUCAGCAUGACCUCUCAGUCUUCCUAUCAUGACGAAUCACUGAGUUUGCUUCUCGAUCAUCACAUCACGACUCUUACUAGCUCACCCAUCCUCACUGGAGUAGGUCAGUACCAAUCCGACAAGACGCACCCUAUAGUUAUGAUCGACGAUCUUGAUAGAGGCUUAUAUGGAAUGUCGCCAAAUCCGACGCAGAUCACCCCGGGGCUCUUAGAUGGAUUGGACAUGCUCAACACCAGCAACGAUGUAAGCAGUCUCUCUAGCACUGAGCUGGUCGCGCCAUCCUCCUCCAACCAAUCGAUUUCGUCUCUUUCCUCGGGUCACAUUUAUCUACCUAUUAAAAGUCGGAAAUCUUUGCGAGCACCUAGUAUCUCAGUGACCGUGCCCCAUCACACACAUCCUUACCAUCGUCCCACUGGGUUCUCUUCUAGUACAUCCUCGCUGAGCCCAUAUGAACCAACGAUGCUUCUAAGUACACUGCCAACCUCACCCUUAUCUCCUUUGGGCUCGCUUUCAAACUCGCAUGCCCUCUUCUCUGCCCUCUCACCACAGGGUGACGACGCUAGUAUUUUCAGUAUCAUCGGCACUACCCUUGAUGAUGGUCGUCUAUACGGUCAGUUUACUCAGUCGCAGCAGCCAGCAGCUCGUGUGAUCUUCAAGUAUAUGAUGGAUCACCCAAAUGCGGUUAUCCCGACUACAUAUAUCACAUCGGCGCUGGCGGAUAUCAAAGACGGUCGUGGGCGAUGCUUGAUUGGCGCCUGUGUAGCAGACGCAAAAUCGAAGCGCGCCGACCAUCUGUACGAUCAUAUAAGAGACAAGCAUUUCGGGUCCCGACCCUAUGUAUGCAGCUUCUGGUAA